UGUCCGGGAGCCCGCAAGACGGAGCAAGAAUACCCAAGCGGCAAGCCAAGAGGGUAGGUAGCCGAGACAGCCGGCCAGGAUGCAACAGACAAGAAGAAGAUAGGAGAAUGGUCCCGCUCGGCAAACGAACAAAGGGGCGUGCUACGGAAGAAGAAGAAGAAGAAGACGCGACGUAGAAGGAAGCUGGAGGAGAGAUGAAAGCAAGCUUACAAGAUACCCGAUACCCACAUUACAUUACAUUACGUUACGUUACGUUCUGUCUAAUAUUGCGCUAUAUUUCCCUCCGAUUCUACAUUUUACGCUAUUACCUAGGUACCUUACCACCUUACCUUGUGCUACCUACCGUGCUGGGGUCUGUUUUAAUAUACCCCAAGAACCUGUAUUCAAAGGGCAGUAAGAAGGGAGUGGCUGGGCUGGACUGGGUUAGGUUGGAAUUGUAUAUACCCAUCUUGCGUACGAAGUGCACUACUCCUCUAGUAUGGAUUGGUUUUAAGUUGCGCAUUGGGUCUAACUACAUAGUAUCUGUUUUGUCUGUCUGCUCUUCAUGGAAGCUAGGAGGGCGGGCGUUCAGGCAAAGGCAGAUGGGAAUGGCGAGUAUACAUGGGAUAUGUAUGCAUGUUUAUAUAUCCAGUCAGGGUAUAAGGAAGGAUAAGGGGGUCGGGAUUUGAAAACAUCACGUUUAAUUAUAACAAUAUUAUCUUGCUACACCGUUUAAAAACGAGGCCCAUUCAAUGUCUUCUAUUGAUCGUUUUUGGCACUAUGGGACUGCUGCCAUCAAAUGAAAUCCGUCCCAGCUUCUCCCCAAAAGCACAACACGAGGCAGCAGAGGGAGUUGUACCAUAGACCUAAUCCUCACCUAUGAU